AUGUUAUCUGGUGAUGCAUCACUGAGCCUUGUUAGACUAUUUCUAAUUUCCUGUUUGAGGAUAUACAUGCUUUGCAUUUUAUUUUUUCCACUAUUCUCUUCUUACCCAUUCGUAAAACGAUCUGAAAAGCUGUACACAUGGUGGUGGCAUGCAUUGCUUUGGUCAGUUCAGAGGAGUGGACCGACCAUUAUAAAGCUUUGCCAGUGGGCAAGCACUAGACGCGAUUUAUUUUCGAAAGAAUUUUGCGACAACAUGGCUUCUCUUCAUAUAAAGACUACACAUUCUCAAUGGAAGUUUUCAAAAAAUAUGUUGAACGAACUUUUUGGCAGCAGUGUUUGGGAAUCAUUUCUUUUGUCGAUAGAAAAGGAUCCCAUCGGAUCUGGUUGUGUAGCACAGGUAAAUAAAAUUUUUUUUUCAAUUAUUAUAGUUUAUAAAGCCAAAUUGGAUCUUUUGACUUUGAAAAAAAAAACAGGUGUAAAUUUACUCGAAACGAAUAAGGAGCGUUUUAUUGAUGUCGCCAUAAAAGUAGCGAAACCUGGAAUCCGUGACCAAAUUGAAUUUGAUCUCUCAAUUUUACGAGUUAUUGCUCAUAUUGCCGAAAAAUUCAUACCUUGUCUUGUUUUCUUGAAUCCUGUGUUAUGUCUUGGCCAAUUCGAAACGGUUUUAAAACGGCAAAUUGACUUGAGGAAUGAAGCAAAAGCAUUAGAUGUACGCUUUUCGAACAAUUUCGACUUAAAAACAACAGGAGUCUGUUUCCCAUCUGCUCUGCUUUAUAGUAGAAACGUAAUUAUCGAAACUUUUGAAGAAGGGAUAUACAUCAAUCAUCUAGUCACUGAACAGCAUCAGGUUAUUAAAAAUGCUUUAUUUGUCAUUUCUAUUCCCAGUUCUUUCGUACCAGCCAUAAGAAAACGUGUUGCUUUAACAGGAAUUCGCGCGCUUUUAAAAAUGAUUUUUGUUGAUAAUUUUGUCCAUGGUGAUCUUCAUCCUGGUAACAUUCUUGUUCGGUUUGGUGAUAGAAUCGAUGAACUCGAAAAGAUGUCGUAUUUUAAAACAUUUCUCAGUUGGACGAUCGAGUUCAUACGAGAAAACUUUGGCUUUAUGCACCAACCUGCUAUACGUCUUUUUAAAAUUGAAAAGUAUAGCAAUGAGCCUACUUUGGUAGUACUAGAUCCUGGAAUCGCCAUAGAGCAAGCUCCUAAAAAUCUUCACAACCUACGAGCUUUAUUUAGAGCGGUUAUAGAAAAACGCGGAAAAGAUGUUGGUGAACUUUUACUGAGUCAAGCACCACAGCAAGAUUGUUUAGAUCCUAUUCUCUUUUGUUCUGAAGUUGAUGAUCUUGUUCAGCGUGCUCGUUCAAUAAAUAGUUUAAAAAAGUUUAAUAUUUCCGAAUUACUCAAUGAACUAUUUUCAAUUGUCAGUCGACAUCAUGUAUAUUUGGAUACAUCAUUCACAACUGUUAUUCUUGCAGUUAUGGUGCUAGAAGGAUUUGGUCGAUCGCUUGAUCCUGAGCUUGAUCUAUUUAAAUGUGCUAGGCCAUAUUUACUUUCUGUUGCUCAUUGA